AUGGAAAAGAAUGACAAGAGUCAAAAUGUCAACUUCUGUCGUUUGGUGCUGUAUCUGUUCAGCACGGGGUGUGAGGUACUGGAACAGGUGAUCUUGGAUGAAGUGUUUAAUAUUCUGCUUGCAGACCAAAGAAACUGUCUUGAACGAGCUCAAUCUGAAGGCGGAUUGAGUUCCUCUUUUCCAUUUGAAAAGCUUUUUCCUACAAAUGGACAUGUACCGAGGAUUGAUGAAUUUGAUGCACAGGUCAUUGGGAAGGUUUUUCACUUGUCUCCUGAUCAAAAAGAGAUAUGUGAGUACCUUAGAACAAGCGGAUUACAACAAGUUCUCUCAUCGCGCAGGGACAAGAUGUAUCGAUAUCGGAAAAACAUUGGAGAAGAAAAUUGGGAUAAAAUUGAUACAAGAAAAAUACAGGUUGAUUUAAAAGAAUUAGAUGUGUCACUUUUGAUAUUUGUUUUUCGCAAUAUGAGAGAUCGCCCCGGAAAGGCAUGGAACAUUAUGCCUACAAAGGAUGAAACUUCGAUUGAAGAUGAUGUUUGUCGUAUUCUCAUAUAUCGAAACUUUCUAGCACAUUACCGCACAAAAAGACCAAUUAAAAACAAAAAUUUUGAAACCAUUUGGAAGGAUUUGACACGUUCAUUCAAACGGCUUAGUAGAGAUCCAGAGAGAAUGGAACAAACUUCAAUCAAAAUGAAAACUAACCUAAUAGAUGAAAGAUUUGAAAAAAAAGUUGAUGAAUGGAUAGUCGAUGCGUCCAAAAAUGUAGAAAAAAUAAUAAGACAUAUUUCCAUGACCCAGGAAGAUUUAUGUGAUCGUGUCGUUUGUCAGGUUUCGGACAUUGUGAAAAAAGGCACUCGUAAGAAUAGAAGACUUAACAAAACCCUUACAAGAAACAUCAGUAAACGUACAAAAGACUGUAUUGAAAAUGUAGUUGAACAGCUGAAAAAUGAAAGAUCAGAGAUUUUGCAAGAUUCCAGGGCUGCUUGGGAAAUGCAGCUGAAAGAGACUACAAAAACAACAAGGGUGGAGUUAGAAGAUCUCAUAGUCAACAGUCUAAAGAGUGUGGGUAAUGCCAUACAGACCAGCAUAUCUGAUGCUGUUAAAAACGGAAUGGAGGAGAUGUCAACAGCACAUUCACAGGCUCUUCAGCAGGAGGUUGGGACAACCAUAAUCAACAGUUUUGUUACGGCAGUGCAUGACAUUGAAAAAAGAGUUGAUCAUUUAGUCCAAGACAGAACUGUUAAAAAUAUAGAGAGGCUACUGGAAGAACACCUGGAAAAAAUUACGAACUUUAUAAUCUCGACAGUGAAAGAAGAGGUGAUAAGUUCAAACAAGUCGGAUAUACUCGAACAAAUUGUCAGAUACACAGCUGUUGAAAUCAAGAAAAUGGCAGAGGAGGAAAACAGAAAAAAUUAUGACUCUUCCAUUGAACAGAAUGUUCCAGGAUCACCAAGCAAUAAAACGGACAAACCACCACCGGUUGUAAAACCCACAGAUUUAAUGACUGUUGUGGUCGAUACUUGGUAUAUAGAUGAAAGGGAUUUCUGCCAAACAUCUGCGGCUGAGACUGUAGUUAAGUACCUAGAAACCAAUAAGGUUGUGACAAUCAUUGGUCCUCCACUGUCUGGUAAAACUAUGGUUGGCAGACAUGCAGCUCUGCAUACAAGAUCUAAAAACUAUGCUGUUUUUCCAAUAUCUGACCCAAAUGAAAUGAAAGACUUCCUAUCCAAGGAAGGGAAACAGGUAUUCGUCAUUGAUGAUCCAUUAGGGAAGAAUUCUGUUGAUCUAGAAAAACUGGAAGAAUGGAACAUUUUUAAUGAAAACUUGCAAAAGUUUGUUCAAAAUGUUGAUGUGAAAAUAAUAUGGAUAAUGAACAAAGAACAAGUCUCUGAUACAGCACAACUGAUGUUUUAUGAACAUAAGGUUGACAUCACAACUCCAGGGUUAUCAGGUGACGAACGCAGAAGAAUAUUUUUGAAAUAUCAGGCAAGAAUUUGCCUUGAAAAUGAAGGCGAAUACGGAGGAUUACUUGACAUCGCUACCCGUUGCAAUUACUUCUUCUUUCCCAGUAUUUGCGAGACAUUCACAAAGUAUUUAAAAUGGCAGCACACUCCAGGAAACCUUUUCUUGUUUCCAUUUGAGGUUUUGGUAGAUUAUUUUGACAAUCUUCCUCGGAGCAGCAACCAGUAUUCUGCUCUGGGCCUGUGUGCAGUUUUCAAACAAUUACCAUUCAAUCCUCAAUCAUUGCAAAGUUUAGUCAGUAAAGAGUACUUUGGCUUGAAGUGUUCAGAUGUUGCUGGAAUCACUUCAGUGUUGAAGACCAUGAUAGGCAUAUGGAUCAAAAAGAGAGGGAAGCACUUUGAGUUUGCAAAUGAGAUUUAUCGGGAUGCCUUUUUGUUCGUGAUGGGAAAGAACUCACUGGAUCCUUUUAUACUGAUAAGGAAAAUGUCCAGUUGGGGUAUACGCAACAGGGUGAGGUAUGACCAAGAUUACCUGGACCAACUACCUGAUAGAUAUGUGAUCAGUCUGGAAAAGGAAAAUUGGAUUGACUUAUCAUUACGCAUAUGCCAUGAUCUGAUCAACAUGCAAUGCCAAGAUUGUCAGAAUUGGAGAGAUCUGCAAACUGAAGACUCAUCGAGAGAACAAUAUCAAACAGGUGUCCUGCAACUUCUUACAAAUUGGUUGGAGUGUGACAAGCUCAAAGAUAAUGACCUGCUGGCCAUUCUUAAACUGUCUCUCCAAACAGAAAAUGCAGAUAUUUUGGACAUCUUGCUCGAGAAAAAACAGGAAAUCAUCAACACCCCUUUCAAUGAAUCACCUGAAAACAAUGCCAUGAAAAUUGUUGGUUUUAGUCCUCUACAUUUUGCAAUCUGGAGAGGAAGUCACUGGGGCGUGGAACUUCUACUGAAGUACGAAGGAGUGAACAUUGACAUCUUGUUAAAUGGUAUGACGCCUCUUGGCCUUGCAAUUAAGAAUGGAAAUUUGGAACUUGUCUCACAACUCAUAAAAUAUGGUGCAAAUCUAAACACACCAUCAUAUGAAGGUCUCUAUCCAGUGCAUUUUGCAAUUGAGUUGAAUAAUAUUGAGAUAGUUGAAAGACUUGUGAAGGCUGGAGCAGAUAUGGAGAAAACUACAGCGAAUGGAUUGCCACCAUUACACUUCGCCAUACUCAACAGCAAAACAGAAAUAGUAAAGAAACUUACUGAACUUCAGGUAGAUGUCAAUGCUUGUAAUGAAGAUGGUGAACCUCCUCUAAUUUUUGCUCUUGGGCAAACUGAGCCUGACCUGCACAUGAUAAAGAUUUUGGUCAAUCAUCCAGGCAUCAACAUCUCCAGUGAAAAUGACCACCCAUUAUAUCAUGCUGUUAUAUCCGGGAAUAUUCCUUUGGUGAACAUUUUGCUUCAGUCGAAGAAAAUGAAAGUGAACUGCAGUGAUGAAGCAAACACCACUCCACUCCACAUCUCUGUGAGAAACAACUGCAUGGAAAUUGCAUCCAUGUUACUGACGGAAAAUGCUGAUCCAAAGUUGAAAGACAUUAAUGGAAACACGCCGCUGGAGAUUGCAGAAAAACAUGGGGAUGCACGCAUGAUCGCUCUCAUCAAAUGUUCAAUGAAAUAG